CGAUACCUCGAGGCGGAAGACACCAGCCGAAGUCAACGAGAGGCGCUCAUGUUGUGCUGACAGCAGCGAUGGGAGGAUAACGAGCUUCUUUUUUCUUUUUCUUUUUUACGGACCAACCACUUAAAAGGACUUAGUGGCUUUUUGUUCGUGAAGCAAAGCCCACAUUUAAAUGGUCUUUCAUGUUAUUUUCUUCAAAUUGUUUGCUUGAAGACUUCCAGCUGGCGAACCGCAUCAGUUGGCCCGGAGGGUCUUCGUCACCCUCAACUCCUCCGUCUGCUAUUUGAAAAAUAUGACCGGAGAGAAGAUCCGCUCUCUGCGCAAGGACCACAGAGCCGGUCAGGACGAUGACCUGCUGGAACCCGAAGAAGAGGCAGCAACUGGGAUGUUCACCUCCUCCAAAGCAAACAGUAAGAGUAGGGCGAGUCGUAUCUUCAGCAAUCACAAGUUAGUCAAGUCCACGCAGCAGCAACAGCAGAAACCGAACCAACACGCCAAUGCUAACAACACGCCGUCUUCAGCCGAUGUUGUUGACGACAACAACAAAAACCCCAUUAUCCGAAAUGGACAAGACUUUCCGGUACACGAAUGUGUGUUUCAAGGAGAUGUGCGACACCUUUCGUCGCUUAUACGGACCCAAAACAUAUCCCAGAAAGACAUUCAUGGGAACACACCGUUGCAUCUGGCUGUCAUGAUGGGGCACAAAGAAUGUGCCCAUCUGUUGCUGGCCCACAACGCAUCAGUGAAGGUGAAGAAUGCUCAGGGAUGGAGUCCCCUUGCAGAGGCUAUUAGUUAUGGAGAUAGACAGAUGAUAACUGCACUGCUGAGGAAGCUGAAGCAGCAGUCCAGAGAGAGUGUAGAGGACAAAAGACCAAAGUUGUUAAAUGCACUGAAAGAGCUUGGAGACUUUUACUUGGAGCUUCACUGGGACUUUCAAAGUUGGGUGCCCCUGCUCUCCCGAAUUCUACCUUCUGAUGCUUGUAAGAUCUACAAACAGGGGCUCAACAUCAGACUGGACACUACCUUGAUAGAUUUCACGGAUAUGAAGUGUCAACGGGGGGACCUUAGUUUCAUCUUCAAUGGGAAUGCUGUGCCUUCAGAGUCUUUUGUGGUGCUGGACAAUGAGCAGAAAGUGUAUCAGCGGAUACACCAUGAGGAGUCUGAGAUGGAGACAGAGGAGGAAGUGGACAUUCUGAUGAGCAGUGACGUGUACUCAGCCACACUCUCCACCAAGUCCAUCACCUUCUCCAGAGCACAAAGCGGUUGGCUCUUCAGAGAAGACAAGACGGAGCGUGUUGGAAAUUUCCUGGCUGACUUUUACGUUGUGAAUGGGCUGGUACUGGAGUCCAAGAAAAGGCGAGAGCAUCUGAGCGAAGAGGACAUCUUGAGAAAUAAAGCCAUCAUGGAGAGUCUGAGCAAAGGAGGAAACCUCGUUGAUCAAAACUUUGAGCCCAUGAGGAGACAAUCUUUAACUCCCCCUUCAGCCAGCACCAUAUCCUGGGAGGAGUACAUCACUGCUGACAAUGGAAAAGCACCUCAUCUGGGCAGAGAGCUGCUCUGCAAAGAAAGUAAGAAAAACUUCAAGGCUACCAUAGCCAUGAGUCAAGACUUCCCCCUGAGCAUCGACUCGUUGUUGAAUGUUCUGGAGGUAAUUGCACCCUUCAAGCACUUUAAUAAACUCAGGGAGUUUGUGCAGAUGAAGCUCCCUCCUGGAUUUCCUGUCAAACUCGACAUCCCAGUCUUUCCUACCAUCACAGCCACUGUGACUUUCCAUGAAUUUCGCCACGACAGCUUCGACGAAAGCAUUUUUACCAUCCCCGGCGAAUACAAAGAGGACCCGACCCGCUUCCCGGACCUUUAACCCUCACUUCAAAAGAGUAGAUGUUUACGAGGUAAUAUAACACUACAAAAACAUCAACUGCCCCCUUAGCUCAAAUGGAUAAAUAGGACAAGUCAGCUAAAACAAAAAACAAAGCAGCUUGGAUGAUGAUGACAGUAUUUGAAGCCAUGUUUCCACCAAGUGGGACAGUUUGACUCCAUUCCAACACAAAAAACAACAACACAAUUGUUGUUGGCUUUUUUUUUUUUUUUUUUUUUUUUUUGUUAAACAACUGUUUGGUGUUUAAUGCUUUCGUCUUCCUGAAAUGUUGAAGAAAACCUUUGUCUUAGGGCAGGAAAAAAAGCACAUUUUGUGUCCUCUUUAUUCAACCAAGCAGGGCCAUGCAUUGCCUUUAGUGGUAUUAUACCACAGUGGCAAAGAGUGGUACAAUGCCUAUCGCCAUUCCAUCCCAAUUACCUAUCUUUGACGAUGAAAACAUAAGCCAAACGGGACUGCUUGGUGGAAAGAAGUGUUGCGUGUAUAAGUUUGUAAAGGGUGUGUGCUAAGCAAGCUCUUGUGAAACACUGAUUAUAGGUUUAAGGUGGUUCUGACCUACUUACCUAAAACUAGAUAUGAUGCAGAGUUGUACGUAAGUUGAUACAUCUUAUCUUUCUAACAGUUGGCCGUUUUUGUACAUGUUAAACAUUUAGGCAAUUCCACAGAUGCAUUCACACUCAUGAAAAAUAAUUCGCUGGACAGGAUUCCUCCCAAAAUUUGACAUCAUUUCAUUGUCUUAGUAAAAAAAAAAAAAAAAUUUUUUUUAAAACCUAAAUUUUUGCCCACAGGAUGUCAGAUUUCAACGCGAUUUGUAAAACUAAUGUUGGUUUAAUGUUGGUUCAAUGUUUUACAAUGAUUUUCAGGGUGAAAAUGACAUUCAGUUGAAACAAAAAAAAUGUUAGACUGCGUAAACAAGCACAGUUUUUACAUGUGUAUAUGGUGUAUAUUUUUUAAGGAAAUUCAUUAAGCACCAACACGAAAGGAGUUUGACAGCACAAAAAUUACAAAGAGGCAAAAGGGAGAUUUGUCAAAAUGGACAAAUAUUGAACUUUUGUAAAGUUUUGUCAAGUUAGAAUUUUGAAUCUUUUUAGUUUCAUUGUGAAACAUAUUUAAAUUUUAUUCGCCUGGGAUAUUUGAAAUAAUGUCAAUUUUUGGGAAACACCCUGUACUAUUUGGGAGUUUUGUUGACUAAUCAGUUUUAAUAGAAUUCACUAUCUUUCAGCACUUGUAACAAUUGCUGCUUUUUGCUUUCAGUUCCUAAAUGCACAACUCUCAAUUUUCAAAUGUGGCAUUUGAAAAGUUCUUAUUCUGAGGCAAUGGUAUAAAUGCUGCAGGUUUUUAUGGUACCUUAAAGUCGGUUUUUGUCAACUUUAUACAUUUUGAAACUGGGAUUGUAUAAUGAGUAGGUGUUGUGCGAAAUGAAGGAUUUUGUUUUUGUUUAGACACAAAAGCCUUUCUUCUGCACAGUCUGUACAUGUGUGCUCUCACUGUUCCUAUGUGUACUCAUGUUCAACUCAACAAGAAUUGUGCAUUUUAUUCCCAUGUUGUGUUACAUGACUUAAUCUAACAAUACAGUAUACUGGAUUGUAACAUGGUGGAAGUUGCUAUUUUUGUAUAUAAAUGUUUUUGAAGAAACAUGGCUCAAUUCUCUGGACUGUUCUGUUGAGAAAUGUGACCAGAUGGUGAUAGUUUUGCUCCAAUUUUAUUUUCUUUGGAAAAUAUCACAAUUUAAUGUACGCUUAAAGGACUGAAAAUGUCAAUGUAACUGGAUGUCAGCAAUAGCGGGGUGGGGGUUGUGGGUACAAAUGUCAAACCUUAUCCUGAUAUUUCGGAUGAGUAUUUGUUUGAAAACUGACAUUUUGCAGGGCGAUAGGACACAAAAUACACACUGGGGUGGAUUCACUUGUGGCCAAAUGUAUUGGCACCCCUGCAGUUCUGUCAGAUAAUGCUCAAUUUCUCCCAGGAAGAGAUUGCAAUUACAAAUGCUUGGGUAGUAAUAUCUUCAGUUAUUUUGCUUGCAAUGAAAAAACAUAAAAUAGAAUGGGGGGAAAAAAUCUAUCAUAAACUCCAAAAAUGGGCUGGACAAAAGUAUUGACACCCUUAGCCUAAUACUUGGCAGCACAACCUUCAGACAAAAUAACUGCGAACAACCUCCUCCAGUAUCAAUCAAUGAGUUUCUUACAAUGAUCUGCUGGAAUUUUAGACCAUUCUUCUUUGGCCAACUGCUCCAGGUCUCUGAGAUUUGAAGGGUGCCUUCUCCAAACUGCCAUUUUCAGAUCUCUCCACAGGUUUUCUAAGGGAUUCAGGUCUGGACUCAUUGCUGGCCACUUUAGAAGUCCCCAGUGCUUUCUCUCAAACCAUUUUCUAGUGCUUUUUCAAGUGUGUUUUGGGUCUUUGUCCUGCUGGAAGACCCGAGACCUUUGAGAUAGACCCAGCUUUCUCACACUAGGCCCUACAUUAUGCUGCAAAAUUUGUUGGUAGUCUUCAGACUUCAUCAUGCCAUGCACUUGGUCAAGCAGUCCAGUGCCAGAGGUAGCAAAGCAACCCGAAAACAUCAGGGAACCUCCGCCAAGUUUCACUGUGGGGACCGUGUUUUUUUCUUUGAAGGCCUUGUUUUUUUUUCUGUAAACUAUGUUGGUGCCUUUCCCAAAAAAUAAAAAAAUAAAAAAAAUAAAAAACUCUUAUCUCAUCUGACCAGAGAACAGUCUUCCAAAAUGUUUUUGGCUUUCUCAGGUAAGUUUUGGCAAACUCCUGUCUGGCUUUUUUUUGUCUCUGGGCCAGAAGUGGGGUCUUCCUGGGUAUCCUACCUAAGAGUCCCUUUCAUUCAGACUCCGACAGAUUGUACGGGUUGAACCUGUUGUACCGUGGGACUGCAGGACAGCUUGAACUUGUUUGGAUGUUACUCAAGGUUCUUUGUCCACCAUCCGCACAACCAACUAUCUUAAAAUCUCUCGUCAGUUUUUCUUUUCCAUCCACAUCCAGGGAGGUUAGCCACAUUACACUUAUUGAUGACACUGCACACGGUAGACACAGGAACAUUAAGGUCUUUGGAGAUGGACUUGUAGCCUUGAGAUUGUCUGAGGACUUGAGAAGCAAAAUUGUGAGGAAGUAUGGGCAGUUUUUUGGCCUACUUUAUUUUCUCCAUGCUCAAUGUGGUACACACAAGGACACAGGACAGAGGUUGAGUCAACUUUAAUCCAUUUUAACUGACUGCUAUUGUGAUUUCGUUAUUGCCACCACCUGUUAUGUGCGACAGGUAAGUAACAGGUGCUGUUAAUUACACAAAUUAGAGAAGCAUCUCAUGAUUUUUCAAAGGGUGUCAAUACUUUUGUCCAGUCCAUUUUUGGAGUUUUGUGUAAAAUGAUUUCAUUUUUUCCCCAUUAUCUUUGUUUUUUCAGUGCAAGCAAAAUAAAUGAAGAUAUUACUACCAAAGCAUUUGUAAUUGCAUUAAUUUUCUGGGACAAAUUGAACAUUAUCUGACAGAAUUCUAGCCAAUACUUUUGGCUAGCACUCUAUAUGUCAUGAGUCAUGACUAGUUUUACACAUUUUAUAGACCUUUAUCCUCACUUCUCCAUUUAGUUUACAGUCGACCCUGGAGAUACUAAGCAUUCGUCACAGCUCCAAUCCGUUUGCUUUUCUCUGAGGGAUCAAAUUCGCAAUCAUUAUCAAAGUUGCACAGCCCACAUUUGCAUUGCUUAUCCGAUGCAUCAUUGCUCCUAAACAAAUCCUCUUUCUAUGAAUUAUAAGAAUUAAGAAAAGACAGGAACCAUAGAUGAAGCACUUGGAGUGGGUGGUAUAUUAAUUUAAAGCAACACUUGGUAACUUUUCAGUUUUAGUUGAUUUUAGAGUCGUUGUUGGACAAAAGCGUUAAGGAAAAGUGUUUGCCUUAAGGAAUACUGCGUUUCCCAUGAGGACAAGAACAAAUCCGGACAGUGUCUUAAAAUCAUCAAUCAAUCAAAAUCAAUCUCCCGAUCGCCUGCAGAUGGAUUAAACAACAUUUCUGAUUCCAGAGGCUGUGUGAAGGAUGAAUAGUAAUAAGUAGGGAUGGGAAUCGAAAUCCGAUUCCAAUUCGGAACCGGUUCCAAGUGUUUCGAGGCCUCGACAUCACAAUGAAAAAGCCUUAACGAUCCCUUUAACGAGUCCUGAAGACGCAUAUUGCGUCGUGACUGUCUUGUUGUCCAAACACAUCAAACUAGCAUGGCGCCAAGAACCACCCGCUCCAAAGUUUGGCUACUCUUCAACAGGAAAGAGGGUGAAAAUGAAAGGUUACGAUGGUUUAGCACGAGCAUUGCAGCUGUAAACAUAACAAUGACAGCACGUAGGUUCAAACGCUCGAAAGUGUGUCUUCACUUCACGAGGAAAAAUUACAACAAGACGACUUACAAUCAUUGCAAGGUGGAGAUAACUGCAUCGGGAGGGAAUAGACUGCACUGUCCUCACAGAGACAGCUAUACAACUAGCUAAACUCCGAAAUUACGAUACAGAAGACGUUGGUAUAAUUUGCUGACUUUAUUCAACCAUCACUUGAAGAGUGAAACUAAAAAUAGAAAUGAAACAAAUCAAUUUCGUCCCCAAUAACAAACAGGUUUGCAUCAACGUAAAUCAGCGAUGAUUAGCGGCUAAUUCAGUAAUAACAAAGCAGUUAGCAUGCGUUCGCUAGCAUUAGCACAUCGUUCAAACCACUACACAACUGGAUUUAAGUGUCCGAUGGCGAGUGGAAACACACAACAACAACACAAAAGAUGAUACAUACAGGCGUUGCCUCUGUAGAUAUUAACAUUAACAAAGAACGUAGGGUUGCAACAGUGCUUCCCUCUCUCACUAACUCGCUUGGAUGCGGCAUUUCUUCUUCACGUGAGCGCGUUCUUCGCGUGAGGAAGCGCAAGGGCGCCCCCACUUGAGCGUGAAAGCACCAUAAAAACUAAAAGGCAUGCAUUUCAAUAUACUGGUAAAUACUUUAACAGUGGUCCCCAAACUACGGCCCGCGGGCCCAAUACGGCCCGCCCCGACAUUUGGUCCGGCCCCCUGAACAAUACCAGAGAGCAUUUUGAAUUUUUUUUUUUUUCUCAAUAGUGUUAAUUAUUUUCUGGCCUUUUUCUGUGAAGAACUCAGAGAGGGUUAUUUGGUGCUAUCUAUUUGAUUAAUAGUGUUAUUUUUAUUAAUUAUUGUUAUAUUAUUAUUUUUAUUUUAUUUACUUUUGUUCCGUGAAAUAUCCAGAAAGGGUUAUUUGAUUGUGGCAUUCUGAAAAACAAUAUUUUUUUACAUUUAGGCACUCCUGCGAUCGUCACACUUUUUCUGUUACAAACUGACCCCUGCCCCUCAUCAGAGAAGGGAAAAGUUAUGCGGCCCUCACUGGAAAAAGUUUGGGGACCCCUGCAAGUUUUAACACAUAUUGCUAACGGCAGACCAACGACCUACUGUAUAUGCCAGUAUAUACCAAUAUUUUUUAUUUCUAUUAGAAAAAUGUUUCAGUAAAAUGUUACAUUCUUGUGCAUUUUCCACUUAUUGCCACGGUUAAUAUUGAGGCCUUGGGCCUCUUUUGACCUUGUUGUGAGUUUUUAAGGUUGUGACUUCUGAUAAAACAAACUCAAUGCCAAUCAAAACGUUUGUUCUUCUUUUUCCCCAAAUUAGAAUCAAUAAGAGAAUUGAUAAAGAAUCGAAUCAUUAAUCAAUAUCGAUAAUGGAAUUGGAAUCGUAAAAAUCCUGUCAAUUCCCAUCCCUAGUAAUAAGGUAAUGAAUGUAGUUGUGACUACACAAUAGGAUAUGACGGUUAGCAGUCGUGUGGCUUAGUGUAGCUAACCCCAGUCACGCCAGCCAAUGAAAGCCGGGCCAAUGUUAUUCUGUUUAUCCAGGUAGGCACCCUUUUUGUUCUCCUCCUCAGACAAAACUUUUUGUUGCUCUGCCAUCUUUGUAGAACUCGCGCAAAAGCCUUCUGCAUCGACUUCAGUCUUUAUAAUGAAUGGGGAAAGGGGGAAGUGGCGUAUGCUGUAAAGCACAUUUUGAAUUUUUUUUUGUAUGCAGGGUUCCUGCCACCCUCCUGAAAGUUAAUUAGUGCCAGUGAAAGCGAUUGUGACUACACAAUAGGAUAUGAUGGUUAGUAAUCGUGUGGCUUAGUGUGGCUAACCCCCGUCACGCCAGCCAACGAAAGCUGGGCCAAUGUUAUUCUGUUUAUCCAGGUAGGCACCCUUUUUGUUCUCCUCCUCAGACAAAACUUUUUGUUGCUCUGCCAUCUUUGUAGAACUCGCGCAAAAGCCUUCGCAUCGACUUCAAGCUUUAUAAUGAAUGGGGAAAGGGGGAAGUGGCAAAUGCUGUAAAGCACAUUUGUAGUUUUUUUUGUAUGCAGGGUUCCUGCCACCCUCCUCAAAGUUAAUUAAUGCCAGUGAAAGCGAUAAAGACCCCCUCAAGAUAUAAAAAGGUGUCAUUCAACUAAUUUUCAGUCGAAACAUCACAAAUGUUAUGAAAAUAUUUUAUAAUGGUUGAAAAGUUUAGUGUUGUUUAAAUUAUUAUUACAUUAAAUCCUCCUAAAUGAUGUCAUGUGGAUGCAAGCCUGUAAAUAUGAAUGCAGUCAUUUGAGGUCGAGAGAAGAGAGUGAAAAAGCGGAACAGCAGGCGAGCUGGUGGCAGAAAGGAACUUUAGGUAUCGUGUUUUUGGCACGUUUAAUAAAGAGGAUGAAAGAGCAUUGCAAACUUCAUUUUUGUCACCAUGGAAGGAAUUUAUGGAACAAUGUUUGCAUGCAACAUGAUGUGUUUUAUAUACGUUUUAAGGUUUGUAAGCAAUUUGGGUGUUCUGUUCCCAUCCUGUGGCCGAUGCACGCACACGUCUUACGUCUGGCAUUGGAGAUGAGACGAAUGCAGUAUAACUCCAGGGUGAUGCCACAUAUUGUACUUUAAUCAGGCAGUUUUGUUGCCUUCAUUUCACAUUUUUGUAUUUGGAGAUCUUAGUCACUCAUUUCCAUGUCUCGCUGAUAGUGAUCGUCUCCGUUCACUCUGGACUUUUUGAGGGUGUACCCCAGGCCCCCCCUAGUCUUGUUUAGACAUUUUGGCGACGAGGCGCUGUCCGAGUCGCUCUUCCUCUCCUCCUCCUCGU